GCAUGUAUGACACCUGUAAUGCUGAGAAGAGUGAAGUUGCACUGUGUAGUGUGCUCUCUACUUAUGCCAGAGACUGUGCUUCAGCAGGCGUGUCCCUGAAGGGCUGGAGGCAGGGCAUCUGUGAUCCCUCUGAGGACUGUCCUGAGACUAUGGUUUAUAACUAUAGCAUGAAGUACUGUAACCAGUCUUGCCGCUCACUGGGUGAACCUGAUCCGCUGUGCAACGUUCACAUUGCUCCUAUGGAGGGCUGUGGUUGCCCCCAAGGGACAUACCUUAAUGAUGAGGAGGAAUGUGUAACUCCAGAUGACUGUCCCUGCUACUACAAGGGCAAGAUUGUUCAGCCUGGCAACUCCUUCCAAGAGGACAAACUGAUGUGCAAAUGCAUUCAAGGAAGAUUAGACUGCAUUGGAGAAACUGUCCUGGUAAAAGAUUGCCCUGCUCCUAUGUAUUACUUCAACUGCAGCUCUGCAGGUCCCGGUGCAAUUGGAUCAGAGUGUCAGAAAAGUUGUAAGACGCAGGACAUGCACUGUUAUGUCACAGAAUGUGUUUCUGGAUGCAUGUGUCCUGAUGGACUGGUACUGGAUGGCAGUGGAGGAUGUAUUCCCAAAGAUCAAUGCCCAUGUGUCCAUGGAGGACACUUUUACAAACCUGGGGAAACCAUCAAAGUGGACUGCAACACAUGCACCUGUAACAAAAGGCAGUGGAACUGCACAGACAAUCCCUGCAAGGGAACCUGCACUGUGUAUGGAAAUGGGCAUUACAUGAGCUUUGAUGGGGAGAAGUUCGAUUUCCUGGGAGACUGUGACUAUAUCCUUGCUCAGGAUUUUUGCCCCACUAACAUGGAUGCUGGCACCUUCCGGAUUGUAAUUCAGAACAAUGCCUGUGGGAAGUCACGCUCCAUCUGCUCCCUAAAGAUCACAUUGAUUUUUGAGAGCAGUGAAAUAAGGCUCUUGGAAGGAAGAAUUCAAGAGAUAGCUACUGAUCCAGGAGCUGAGAAAAAUUACAAAGUGGACCUCAGAGGAGGCUAUAUUGUGAUUGAAACAGAUCAAGGGAUGAACUUCAUGUGGGACCAAAAGACUACUGUUGUUGUUCAUGUGGCACCAUCUUUCCAGGGAAAAGUCUGUGGUCUUUGUGGCAACUUUGAUGGCCGCUCAAGGAAUGACUUCACAACCAGAGGACAGUCCAUGGAGAUGAGCAUCCAGGAGUUUGGAAACAGUUGGAAAAUAACAAGCACCUGCUCAAAUAUCAACAUGACAGACCUGUGUGCUGAUCAGCCUUUCAAGUCUGCCUUGGGGCAGAAGCACUGCAGCAUCAUUAAGAGUAACAUCUUUGAAGCCUGUCACAGUAAGGUGAACCCAAUACCAUAUUAUGAAUCUUGUGUUUCUGACUUCUGUGGCUGUGACAGUGUGGGAGACUGUGAGUGCUUUUGUACUUCAGUUGCUGCUUAUUCAAGAAGCUGUAGCAGAGCUGGUGUCUGUAUCAACUGGAGAACUCCUGCCAUUUGCCCUGUGUUCUGUGAUUAUUACAAUGCACCUGACAAACAUGAGUGGUUCUAUAAACCCUGUGGAGCCCCUUGUCUAAGGACUUGCAGGAACCCACGAGGGAAAUGUGGGAACUUGCUGUACAGUUUAGAAGGCUGUUACCCAGAGUGUAGUCCUGACAAGCCAUAUUUUGAUGAGGAGAGCAGGGAGUGUGUCUCCCUCCUCAACUGCACUUCAUGCAAUCCUGAAGAGAAACUGUGUACCGAAGACUCCAAAGUUUGCCUUUGCUGCUACAAUGGAAAGAGCUACACCCUAAAUGAAACUAUAUACAGCCAUGUGUAUGGGACCGAGUGUGGUGAAGCUGUCUGUGGCCCUAAUGGAGAGAUCAUUAAAACAUUUACCUCUUGCAGAACACCAUCUACACCAGCACAAGAGCCACAUAUCCAAUCUGUAACAUCUGCACCUUCAUCGUCAGUGGAGACCACUCCCUGUUUCUGCAAUGACAAUGGACAAUUGAUACAAAUGGGAGAAAAUGUUUCUCUGCCUGUGAAUAUAUCAGGUCGUUGUGCUUACUCUGUCUGCAAUCCAUUGUGUCAGAUUGAAUUAAUUUGGGCAGAGUGUAAAAUGGGUCAUACUGAGACCCUCAAGAUCUGUGAUCCAGAUUCUGAAGCCUGUCCAACAACACCUGCUCCCAGUGCAACAAGCCAAGUUCCUGCUCCCACAGGGACUUCUGUGAGAGAUUGUCUUGCACUCAUUCCUCCCAGAAAGUUUAAUGAAACAUGGAAUUUUGGAAACUGCCAGACUGCCACUUGCCUGGGAGAAGGAAACAAUAUAAAACUGUCCAGCAUGACUUGUCCUCCUCAGCAACUGAAACUCUGUGUCAAUGGUUUCCCAUUCACAAAACACUAUGAUGAAACUGGUUGCUGUGAAGUCUUUGAGUGUCAGUGUAUUUGCAGUGGAUGGGGAAAUGAGCAUUAUGUGACUUUUGAUGGAACAUAUUAUAAUUUCAAAGAAAACUGCACCUAUGUCCUUGUGAAGUCAAUUCAUCCUGACUCUCACAACUUCUGGAUUCACAUAGACAACUACUACUGUGGUGCCAUUGAUGGAGCAAUUUGUUCAAUGUCCCUCAUAAUCUUUUACUCCAAUUCUGUUGUUAUUCUGACACAAGCAAUGGAACAUGGAAAAGAAACGAACUUGAUUUUGUUCAAUGAUAAGAAAGUUGUUCCAGACAUUACCAAGGACGGUAUCAGGAUAACCAGUUCUGGCCUUUAUGCCAUAAUUGAAAUACCUGAAUUGGAGGUUUAUGUCUCCUACAGUUGGCUUGCAUUUUACAUAAAACUCCCUUUUGGAAAGUUUUAUAACCAUACCAUGGGACUAUGUGGUACCUGCACCAACCAGAAGUCUGAUGAUGCUAUGAAAAGGAAUGGUGAAGUUAUUGAGUCCUUCAAAGAGAUGGCAUUAGGUUGGAAAGUCCCAAAUCCUACCAACAGAUACUGUAACCCAGGUGUCUCAGAACCAACUAGAAUUGAAUAUCACCAGCAUUGUGAGCCUUCUAAUCUGUGUAAAAUAAUCUGGACCUUGACUGAGUGCCAUGGCGUGGUCCCCCCACAGCCCUACUACGAGGCGUGUGUGGCCAGUGGGUGCUCCGAAGAACACCCCAGCACCGAGUGCCAGAGCAUGCAGACAUACUCAGCCUUGUGUGGGCUCCACGGGGUCUGUGUGGACUGGAGGAGGAAGGCAAAUGGGCAGUGUGAGGCCAGUUGUCCUCAGGAUCAGGUGUACAAGCCAUGUGGGAAAGCAAAAAGAAACACUUGCUUCAGCAGAGAGGUAGUUAUGGACACCCUCCACUCCCAAAAUAACACAUCAGUGUUUGUUGAAGGAUGCUACUGUCCUGAUGGAAAAAUUCUGCUGAAUGAUCAUGAUGGCAUUUGUGUUUCUGCUUGUGGUUGCACUGCACAAGAUGGAUCAGUGAAACAGCCUAAGGAGGUUUGGGAGCAUGGCUGUCAGUACUGUACUUGUGAUGAAGCAACCUUAAAUAUCUCUUGCUUCCCCCGUCCUUGUGCUAAAUCUCCACCUAUCAACUGCACAAAAGAAGGCUUUGUACGCAAAAUAAAGACACGUCUGGAUGACCCGUGCUGCACAGAGACAGUCUGUGAAUGUGAUAUACAAACCUGUACUGUCAAGAAAACAGGAUGUGACUUAGGCUUCCAACCAGUGGUUGCUAUAUCUGAGGACGGUUGUUGUCCUAUAUUCUCCUGUAUACCAAAAGGUGUAUGUGUUUCUGAAGGAGUUGAAUUUAAGCCAGGGGCAAUGGUACCUAAAAGUUCUUGUGAGAACUGUGUGUGCACAGAUGAACAGGAUCUUGUGACACAAACCAACCGCAUCCAGUGUCUUCCAGUGAAAUGCCAAACCACCUGCCAGCAGGGUUUUCGCUAUGUGGAAAAGAAAGGUCAGUGCUGCAGCCAGUGCCAGCAAGUGGCAUGUGUGGCAAAUUUUCCAUUUGGCAAUGUGAGCAUUGAGGUUGGAAAGAGCUAUAAAGAUCCAUAUGAUAACUGUACUCAGUACACAUGCACUGAAUCAGCAGGCCAAUUUUCCUUGACUAGUACAGUAAAGGUCUGCCUACCAUUUGAAGAAGCAAACUGUGUCCCAGGGACAGUUGAUGUGACUUCAGAUGGCUGUUGUAAGACCUGUAUUGACCUGCCUCAUAAAUGCAAACGCAGUGUGAAAGAACAGUAUAUUGUCCACAACAACUGUAAGUCAGCUGCUCCGGUCCCAGUGCCCUUUUGUGAAGGGAUGUGCAGUACCUAUUCUGUGUAUUCCUUUGAGGCCAGUGAAAUGGAACACAAAUGCAUUUGCUGCCAUGAAAAAAGAAGUCACAAAGUGAAGGUGGACCUGGUUUGCUCUGGGCAUAAGACAGUCCAGUUCACAUAUGUGUAUGUAGAUGAAUGUGGAUGUGUGGAAACAAAAUGCCCAAAGAGGAUAAGAUGAGUAUAAACUAAAGGAAACAUUCCAUCUCUCAUUUAAUCCUUCCCUAGCAAGAGAGUAGUUUAGAAAACAGCUGUGACUAACCUUCAUGUGACCAUGCUUGUGCUUUUUUUCUUCCUGGUAUUAUAUACAGUUAUGGAAAUUAGCUAAGAUUUUACUCUAAAUGUUUGUAGAAUAAACUGCAUUUCAAAGAG